UAUUAGUGUUCCGCCGGCCGUGUGUUUGUUUCGCACUGUCUCGAGACCGCUGGAGCAGAGCAGAGGUCUAGUCUAUCUCUCUCCCACUUGGAAAGCAUCAUAAGACUUGGCGAUAUUGGGAUUUAAAAAAAACACUCAACUCCUUCGAACCUUUUUAGCCAUGAAACCCUGGCUGAAGUGGCUGACGCUGUAUCUUCACGGCAUCGUGAUGCUACGACUCGCAGAAGGAACUCUGAAAUGCCAGUGCAACACCCAAGACUGCCAGAUGGAGGGAAAGACCACGUGCAAUGCAGAACAAUACUGUUACGUGGAGUUCUUCAAGGAUAUGUUCACGCGAGGCUGCAUCAACGACCGAACUCCACUCCUGUGUGAAAACCGAAAACCAAAGAACCUGAACGCCCCCUGGCCCAGCAUGUACUGCUGCAAGGACAGUAACUUCUGUAACAGAAACGUUUUACCCACCUUACCCAUACAGUCAGUUCCUGUGGAUCCGGUGACACCAAAAGCAGAAUUCGAAAAAGACGGAGAUAAAACCAAAUGUCCGUACACGGAAGAUAUUCCCUCAUACCGAGCGAAGUCGGAGGGGGCUAAAAUAAUCAACCCAAUUUACAUUGCCGUGCCCGUGGCGGGCGUGUGUGUCUUGUUAGCUCUCAUAAUAUUCGCCAUGUAUCUGCUGAGGCGGAGAAACGACAAUUUUCAGGGAUACCAUUACCACGAACACCUCCCAGCAUUACAGAAACAAUGUAACGGGAAGAAACCCGUUACGACGUGUAGCAGUUGCGGUAGAGUGAACCGCUGCACGGACAGCGAACGAUCGUCUUCAGGGAGCGAGACUAAAUUGUUUUUACAAGUCUGAGGUUGUGUCAUCGAGGCUGAGUCAUGUGCUGUUGUGAAAAAGUGCUAUAAACUAUUUACAUGAUGUAUGUGUGUGUGUGUGUGAGAGAGAGAGAGAGAGAGAGAGAGAGAGAGAGAGAGAGAGAGAGAGAGAGAGAGAGAGAGAGAGAGAGAGAGAGAGAGAGAGAGAGAGAGAGAGAGAGUGAG